AUGGGCGAUCGUGAUGUGGGCGGUCUGCGCCGCUCCCAGUCGUUGGUGAGCGGUCUGCUGAACUGGAUGUCGCCUUUCCGACCCAGUUCCUCCAGCCCUGAUACCUCCAUGGACGAGCAGCCGUUUACCGAUGCUCACAGCGCCGAGGCGCCGCCGGCGCCCACGUCGCCCCCGCCGCCUGCGGCGCCCCCGGCCGCGCCGGCGCCAGUGCCGGCGCCAGUGAACAUGACGCCCACGCAUCCUUCGCCCUAUGCACGUAGAUCGUGGGCUACUACACAGGCGCCUGCUUUCCACCCGGGCUCGUUCGAGACGCCGACGAAGCGCACGAGCCCGGCGCUCAAGACAACCUCGCCCUUUGCAGCGAAUGUAUCGCCUGGUCGCAAGCAUGCGCCGAUCUACUUGGGACCUGGCACGAGUACGCGCAAAUCCUACUCGCCACUGCGCUCGUCGAUCGCAUCGACACACUCGAUGAGUGCGCUGGCACAGCAGCGCCCCCCGAUGCUGGCGCGGGAACCAGUAGGCACGCCAGAAAAGCGCCUCAAAACCAGUACAACGUCUACGCAGGCGCUCGAUCAGGUCGCGUUUGCGUCGCCGUCAACGAGCGCACUGUCGUCCAGCACCAGUGUGUCGUCCGCCCGCAAGCGGCCCGUGGACAACGAGGAGCCAGCGCCUGCUGAGAGGGCCCCGGAGGCUGUCGAGGUGCCGGUGCGCCGCUCUGCGCGGCAUACACGUGCGGCAUCGACGAUGCGUGAGGUACUCGACGCGAUGAAGCCGCUUGAACCGCCUGCACCGGCCCUGCCGGAGGUCGUCAAUCCGUAUCAGACGCGGUCCAAGUCCACUGCUCCGCGCCCAACGACUCGCUCGACGCGCGCGCGUGCGCUGGAAGCGGCCCGCCAGCGUGCGGCCUCCGAGGUGCCAGCGGGCGACGAGCCGCCCAAGACAUCGCUCCUGGAUAUGGUCGAGCGUACCGAGCCAUUGCCUGUUUCACCACGACGCCCGCUUCGCACGCCGGGCACAGAGCCGCUGCGCCCUUCUGCGACGAGUCCCGAAGGCAAGAGCAGCGUUGAAAGCGGCGCGCUGCGUCUUAUGGCGAAUAAGCCCAAGCGUCCAUCGCCACUGUCGAUGGGCGCGACGUCGAGCGAUACAAGUGGGGCGGCGCCUGCGCCUGCGGCGGUGCCCCUUCCCGUUGUGCCACCUGUACCUGCAGCGCCAGCUCCAGCGCCAGCAGUCCCCGUUGCUCGGUCUACCGAGCCACCCGUGCAAAUCGACACGCCGUCGUGGUGCAUCGUCACGGCGCCUGCGCGGCGCGAUAAGCCAACCUUGAUCUCUGGUGAUCAGGCCAAGGCUCUUGACGUGCCUUGGGACCAACUACCUGUGUUUUCCUUUGAUAUACCUGCGGCCCGGGCACGGGCCGCGCCGCCUAGCGAGGCUACUGCCCCACCGGCGUCCAAACCGUUCGGCUCGGGCGCGUUGUCGGCGCCCAAGGAUGCCCCGUCGCUCUCUCAGACGUCGAAGACUGAAGAAUCUAUACCGACGACUGAAGAAUCUACGAAGCGCCCUGUGUUUUCGUUUAGUGCAUCCGCUAGGCCUGUGGCGCCCAUGUCCAAGCCCGCUGCGCCUGCCCCGGUGGCUCCCGCUCAGGCGCCGUCGACGGAGGCUCCGGCCACCGAUGCUCCAUCCACAGACCAGAGCGAAGGCAAUACGCUCACGGCGUGUGGCCAGGGCGAGGAGGACGAGGACACAUCGCAUGAGGUGCGCGCCAAGAUUUGGCGGCUAGACGCGGGUGCUUGGCAGGACAUGGGAGUGAGUAUUUUGCGUAUCAAGACAGCGAAAGGCACCCAUAAGAGCCGCGUGCUUGCACGCAAUGCCGUCAAUGGGCACGUCGUGUUGAACUUUGUACUGUAUCAAGGCCUCCAGGUGAUGUGCGACAAGAAUGUGCUCACAUUUUUGGGCUUUGUGGAUGCCAAGCCAUGCCACUUGCGGUGCAAGGUCAAGACCCCCGAUGCGGCGACCAGCCUGAAAGAGGCUCUCAUGCAGUUUGCGCAGACCGAUGAAUCCUGA